AUGUCAGCUGGUUUCCAGCUUGGUGUGAUCGGAUCACUUGCACUCUCUGUUGCAUCUUCAGUUGCCAUUGUCAUCUGCAACAAAGCUCUCAUCAGCACACUUGGUUUUCCAUUCGCUACAACAUUAACAAGCUGGCAUCUGAUGGUGACCUUCUGCACCCUCCAUGUGGCACAGCGCUUACAUUUCUUCGAGCCCAAGGCAAUUGAUGGACAGACAGUGAUACUCUUUGGGUUGCUGAAUGGCACGUCAAUUGGCCUUCUCAACCUGAGUUUAGGAUUCAACUCCAUUGGAUUCUACCAGAUGACAAAAUUGGCGAUCAUACCUUUCACUGUGCUAUUGGAGACUAUCUUCUUGAAGAAAAGAUUCAGUGAGAGUAUCAAGCUUUCUCUUCUGGUCUUACUUCUUGGAGUAGGAAUUGCUUCAGUUACUGAUCUCAAGCUAAAUCUGCUUGGGUCCGUCCUUUCUGGCCUCGCCAUUGCCACCACUUGUGUUGGCCAAAUUCUCACAAAUACGAUACAGAAGAGGUUGAAGGUCUCCUCAACACAGCUUCUGUACCAAUCUGCGCCUUACCAGGCGGCAAUUCUGUUUGCAACUGGUCCUUUUGUGGAUCAACUCCUUACUAACCGGAGUGUCUUUGCACACAAAUACUCUGCUCCAGUUCUGGGUUUCAUUGUCCUAUCUUGCUUGAUUGCGGUGUCUGUGAACUUCAGUACAUUUCUUGUGAUUGGAACAACAUCCCCAGUGACAUACCAGGUGCUUGGUCACCUUAAGACAUGUCUGGUUCUAUCAUUUGGCUACACUCUAUUACAUGAUCCUUUCACUCUAAGGAACGCAUUGGGCAUUCUAAUUGCCAUAUUUGGGAUGGCACUGUACUCCUACUUCUCUGUAAGAGAGGGCAAGAAGAAGUCAGCAAAUGAUGCUCUGCCAGUUUCACAGAUGCCAGAUAAGGAGGCUGAACCACUUUUGGCAACUAAAGACAGCAACGACACCAAGAAAGCAAAUGGUUUAUCUCACGACUGCUAA